UGAAGUUGAUCCAGAUGACAAACAGUGAGAUUAAGUGAUUUAUAUUUCCGUAAAUUUAUAUUCUUGUUUCCUUCAGAUAAACACUGUUUCGGCAGGUGUAUAGAGGAGUCUAAACCAAACCUGCUUGGAUACCGAAAAAUAUAACUUUUGGUAUACUGUAAUCAUGCUGUAUUCUGAAAUGAAGAGAUAAAUUUGGCCGUAAUUCAAAUUUUCCAUGCUCCAUCACUCCGCUCUUAAGAUACUUGGCAGCCGAAGACACCGGAAACGUAUCUUCCGGCCUAAUAUGAGCGAGGUCUGGGCACAUUUCACUUCGUUGCUUCUUUGGCGGGCAACAUGUAAGCGAUCGAGCUUUUCCUUAAACUGAAACAUGGCUUCUAAAGCAUCCUACAGACCUGUAGUCAAGAGAAGUUCAUCGGAGCUGAUUGACGUCUUAGAUAGUUCGGAAACCAGCGCUGCAGAUAAUUAUGGAUCUCUUAAAAAUGAUGUUACUGAUGGUUCAGAAGCAGAGAGAGUUAUCAUCAUUAAUAAACCACAAACUCAGCAGUUUUGCAACAACAAGAUUAGCACUGCCAAGUACAACUUCUUGACAUUUCUUCCCAAGUUUCUCCUUGAACAGUUUAGUCGAUAUUCCAAUGUUUUCUUCUUGUUUAUUGCACUUUUGCAGCAAAUAGAUGAUGUGUCUCCAACUGGGCGUUAUACCACAGCUGUUCCUCUUCUCUUCGUUCUUUCUUGCUCUGCUGUAAAAGAGAUCAUAGAAGACUAUAAAAGGCAUCAAGCAGAUGACCAGGUUAACAAUCGUAGGGUUAAAGUUCUUAGAGAUAAUACCAUGCAGUCGUUACUAUGGACGGAGGUUCAAGUUGGGGAUAUAGUGAAGGUUGUCAAUGGACAAUUUUUUCCAGCAGACCUUAUACUAGUUUCAUCAAGGUGA